GAUCGCCAGUCCGCUGUGUCCCUCGGACACAGCGGAUCACAGAAAGAACUGAAGAUGUCGGCUCGGUCAUGUGAUCAGCUGUGUCCAAUCACAGCUGAUCACAUGGCACUGAUGAUCAGUGUGCCCUGAUGAUCAGUGUGGCCCCAGAAGUGCCACCUGUCAGUGCUCAUCAGUGCCAGUGCCCAUCAGUGCCCAUCAGUGCCACAUAUCAGUGCAUACCAGUGCACAUCAAUGCCACAUAUCAGUGCCCAUCUGAGCUGCCUUUCAAUGUCACCCAUCAGUGCCAGUCAGUGCCACCUAUCAAUGACAAUCAGUGCCACCUAUCAGUGCUGCCAAUCAGUGCCACCUAUCAGUGCCAGUCAGUGCCGCCUAUCAGUGCCAGUCAG